GGUUUACGUGUAAAAUAUUUUAAAAACACAAAAAGUCUUCAGUAUUAAAAUUAGUAUUUUAUAAAAGAACAACGCAAACAAUGUCCUUAACAUUAUUGCUAGAAAAGUAUGAUGUUUCUACAGACGAAGGCUUACAAAAAGCAUUAAAUGAGAUAGAGAAGGAAGAGAGCGAUGUUAAUGAGGCCCUGGCUAACGCGUUGUCCCGCGCCUGUAACUUAGAGGGACAUCUACGGGCCGCUAGCCGGGGCUACACCAAGCUGAGUGAAGUGAAGAGCGAUGCAGAAGUAGCUGCUCACAUGGUUGACAAAACUGCAUCGCUAGCCAGAGACGUUAGCGCCAAAGUUAGACAACUCGAUCUUGCCAGGUCCCGUGUGGCAGAGUGUCAGAGGAGAGUUCAUGACCUCAUAGACUUACGGGUGUGCAGCGCUGGAGUAGAACAGGCUAUCAAAGCUCAUGACUAUGAAACAGCGGCGGGCUACGUGGCGCGGUUCCUGAGCAUGGAGCCGGGGUCUGUGGCGGCGGCGAGCGCGCGCGGCCUCGACCCGCGCGCCGACAUGACGCGGGCCGCCGCCACGCUGAGGGAACACCUCGUACGCAAGUUCUCGGAGGCGGCUAAAAAGGAGGACGACGAGGCUGUGGAGCGACUGUACAAGUUGUUCCCGCAGAUUGGCAGCGCGGACGAGGGCACGGACCUGCUCGCUCAGUACCUCGCAACACAGCUGGAGGGUCGUCUGCGGCGCGUGACGCGCGAGGGUGGCGGCGCGGCGGACGUGCUGACGCGCGCGCUGGAGGCGGGGGGCGCGGCCGUGGAGCGCGCGCGCCGCCUGCUCGCCGCCUCCGCACCCCCCGCGCCGCCCACCGCGCUGCCCCGCGCGCUAGCCCGUCUGCAGCCCGUGGUAUGCGCAGGAGCGGCGCGUGUGUGCGGCGCGGCGCUGCAGGGGGCGGGGGCGGGGGCCGGGGUGGGGGUGGGGACGGGGGAGGCGGGCGCGGCGGAACUGGCGGUGCUGCUGGCGCGCCUGCACCUCUACCUCACCUUCCUGCGACGAAGACCCGAGCACAUGUCGGGUCUGACGGAGGAUGAGCGCGCGGCGUGCGCGGCGGACAUCGAGCGCCUCAUCGCCGGGUGCGAGCUCACGCGCACCGCGCAGGACCUUCUCAACCACUAUCUCACACUAGAGAGGGACUUCCUGGAGGAGAGCGUGAGCAAAGCGAUCAAGCUGUCCGCGCCGCAGCCCGCCCGCGCCGCCACCACCUCCAACCUCGUCGACGACGUCUUCUACAUCACCAGGAAGGUCAUAAAGCGCGCCAUAUCGACUGGCAGCGUGGAGGCGGCGUGCGUGGCGCUGAACGAGGCGAGCGCGCAGCUGGAGCGAUGCGCGGGCGCGCUGCGGCGCCGCCUGGCCGCCCCGCCCCCCGCGCCGCUGCCGCUGGCCGCCCCCCGCGCCGCCCCGCCCACGCCCACCGCCGCCGACGUGCUGUACGUCGCGCACACCUGCGAGGCGGAGGCCGGCGCCGAGUGGGCGGAGCGGCUAGCGGCGGAGGCGGUGCGCGGCGCCGAGGCGCUGUGUCGCGGGGCCGCCGAGCGCGACAAGCUGGUGUCGUGUGCGGGCGCGCUGGGCGCCGCCGCUGCCGCUUUCCGCGCCGCGCACGACAUGGCGCUGGCGGCGGUGCGAGGCGCGCUGCAGCCGGCGCUGGCGCAGUGGGCCGAGGCACUGGCGGCGGCGGACGGCGGCGAGGAGGAGGCGGGCGACGCGGCGGGCGCGCUGGACGCGCUGGCGACGGCGGCGCGCGAUCUGCUGCCCUCCGCCGCCGACCAGCUGCUCGUGUGGGCGGUGGGGGAGCUGGUGGCACGCGCGGAGAAGGCCAUCCUGCGGAACGCGUACGACCGCGAGGGCGCGCUGGGCGUGGAGCGGCGCGCGCGGCGGCUGGCGGCGUGGGCGGGGGCGGAGGCGGGCGGGGCGCGGGAGCGGUGCGGUGCGCUAUGCGGCGCGGCGGCGGUGCUGGCAGCGGAGCGCCCGGCGCACGCGGUCGACGCGGCGCAGCGCCUGCCGCCCCACACCGUGCGCGACCUGCUCGCACGCAGAACCGACUUCAAGAUGGAAGAUAUAAAACGUUUAAAAUUAUAAGGGAAAGAAAUAAUUUUAAAAUACGUGGAAUUAACUAAAGUAAUUCUCGGUUUAAUAAAUUAUUCAUUAUUUUUAUUAUUGUGGUAGACCAGAAACAGAGAGCAGUAAAAAACUCAAUUUUACUAAUAAUGAAUU